AUGGAAACGCCUCCUACUUCAACUCAGAUGGCCGACCCUUCAACCAAUAUGGAUACAACUUCAAGGAUGCCUCCCCUUCCAGUUUCUAUUCCAACUUUCUUGCCAUCUGAUAGUACAAGCGUUGCUCGAUCUUCUAAUGAAGCUAGGAGCUCUUUAACUCAUGGGGGUUCCUCUCCUCCACGACCCGCGCAUGACGCUGCCUUUGAGAGGCUUGCUAGGUUGUUGGCCCAACAAGAUUCAGACCCUUCACCUUGCGGAAAAGGAAUAUCUAUAGGGGAAGGAAAUGUUGGGGGAGAGGAACCAUCGAUUGUUGAUCUUAGAGUAGAGAUUGGGGUACUGACCCAGAAAAUCAUUGAAAAAAAUGUUUUGAUUGGAAACAUCAAUGUUCAAGUUUCCAAGCUUGAAGAAGAAAACAUAUUAACGUCAAAUCACAUCUAUACUCUUCAAGUCAACCUUGGAGCCUUGACGGCUGGAUAUUACGACUUAAAGAAUAAGCUCAUUGCUGAAUUUGGUGACAAAACCACUAGAAUCGUUGAACGUUUUGAAAAAGAACCAGAGCAAGCCAAUCCAAGAAUUACAAUCAAAAGAGCUGGGAAACACGUUACUUCACAGAAGAUGGGAAUGUGGCUCUUCAUGAAGAACUUUGAUCAAAAUCUUCGUGGAGACCAGCCUCAACUAACAAUGACUGAGCUCGAAAAAAAGAGGUUCAAACACAAAUACAGUGACUGGUUAGGGAUUCUGGACCUCACUGAGAUUUCUGAAGCUCCAUUCUCCAACUCUUCCAAUGAUCCUCGUGCAAAUGAUUUCAAACUCUUCUUAGAGAACCAAGUGAGGAGAGGAUUUGAUGGGAUGAAGACCACCGAAUUUUUCUUGAAGACAGUCAAAGAUGUGUUUGACCUGAUCACAAACAAGUCCUUCGAGAACGUAAUGUGGCAUCCAACGAAGCAGAUGAAAAAGAUUCCCAUCAUCAAGAACUUUUGUGAUGGUUCGCUAUGCAACAUGCAAUACUGGGUUUACGAUGACGCUACAACUACUGCUAUAAUCAAGUUCAAAGAUGGUGUCUUCCAUCUUGUUGAUAAGAAGUACCUGCUUCAGUUUGGUGAAAGGGACAUCCACAAUUUGGCUGCACAUCAAAUUUUAUGCAAUCAGGAGAUCAUCAAGGUUGCUGCCAAGGAGUUCACAAGCAUGAUAGCGAAGAUCAUUGAGAAGAAAAUGUGGCUAGGUGCUAUGGGAAGAUCAGACGUGUUGGUGAUCGAGAAAGACUGA